UCCCAACAUCUUUAAAUACCAAACUCGCACCUCCAGCUUUUUCAUAAAUUUCCUUUCCAUUCCAUUUACGUUAUCAAAACCGAUACUUUUCUGACUUCCUACGUUCUAACGUUGAGUACUUCUUGUUUGUUCACAUGGCCAUGAAGAGAAUGAGAGAAGAUCAUGGAGGCAAAUUAGAGAGCUUAGACAUUGCGGAUUGUCUGAUGCUGCUGUCUCAUGGCUUCGCAGCAAAGACGACCAAGCCCAAAACAUCCUCGAAGGUUGAUGUCUUUGAGUGCAAGACUUGUAAUCGCCAAUUCCCAUCGUUUCAAGCUCUGGGUGGCCACCGAGCCAGUCACAAGAGGCCGAGAUUAAUGGGGCCGGAAGAAGAACAGAGAGAUCAAGAUGGGAACAAAUUGCAGACGUCAGGGAAGAAACCAAAGAUGCAUGAGUGCUCCAUUUGUGGGCUGAAGUUUGCGAUGGGGCAGGCUCUGGGUGGUCAUAUGAGGCGGCACAGGACUCAUGAUGUCGGCGCAAAAGUGCCGGUGGCGGUGAUGAAAAGAUCUAAUAGCAGUAAGAGGGUUGUCUGCAGCUUGGACUUGAACUUGACACCUUUGGAGAACGAUUUGAAGUUGUUAUUUGGGAAGAUGGCUCCUAAAGUCGAUCUUCGUUUGAUGAUUUGAUAUCGAUGAUCUCUAGAUUUUCAUGUGUAGCCAGAUUUUUUUUUUUUUUUUCAUUUCAUUUUGUUUAUAUUCAUUCAUUUAUAAUUUGAUGUACGUAUAAUAUCAUUCAUGAGUUGAUCUUUACAGAUUUUGUUAA